AUGAUUUUGCCUAUUUGCUUUAUACUUCUUGCCUUUGCUGAAAUAGUUCUUGGUGAACUAUGGAAUACAACAGGUGUAAUUGCUCCAUGGGAAUCUUAUUUGCAGAUGGGUGAGAUUAAAAGACCUCUUGGUCUUACACUCAAUCGAUCUUCGCUUGUUCAUCGUCAUUUUUCUAUUGGAUAUCUUUGUCUUCACUCGUUUAUGUAUGAUGAAGCUAAUAAUGCUUUCGACUUCGCUAUUGCUAUUGAUUCUACAUUCGUUGAAGCUUAUAUUGGUAAAAUGCUUAGCUGUAAACAGGCAUUAUGGGCGCACACUGAUUUUGAUUGUGGCUUAUCAGUAUACAAUAACACUCGCACGUUAAAUAGUUCUCUCAUGACACCUUUACAGAAACAGCUUAUUUCAACAGUUUAUCAAUGGUAUUAUUAUAAUCCGAACGUAACAGCUGGCGAAGAUGCAUUUCUAUCAUCGAUGCGCAAUUUAUCCGUAAAUUAUCCCAAUGAAACUGAUAUUCAUGUAUUAUUGGGUCUUGCUCUUCUCAAUGUUGCUGAGCAUCAAUCACAAAUGGAACCGGCGGAAAUGAAAGAAGCAAGGAUUGUAUUACAAGAUGUGUUAAGAAAUGAAUCAAAUCAUUCAGGUGCUCUUCAUUAUCUUAUACAUGCAUAUGAUGUUGCUCAAGUGAAUAUAUCUCAACAAGCUACGGGUUAUGCACAUCACUAUGGAGAAGUUGCAUUAACGUCAUCACAUGGACAACAUAUGCCUGCUCAUAUCUGGGUGCGAAUAGGUUCAUGGCAACUUGCUUUAUCAGCCGAUUUGCAUGCGACUACUGCCAGUUUCGAGCUAUGCACAACGAGAUUGUUAAAUAAGAUUGUACCAAUUUCUUCAAUUGAACUCAAGCCUGUUUUUGCUUUACUUAAUGCUACCCAACGAGUAUUACUUCUUCAAUGUGAUGCAGAAAAUCGAGCUCAUUCCAUGGAAUGGCUUUCAUAUUCUCGUCUUCAAACUGGCGAUUGGUCAGGAAGUCUCGGCCUACUUCAAGAUCUAUUUAUUUCGAAUAAUAUAUCCAAUUUAACGCCGAACCAUUACUUACCAUUCGCAUAUCGAACGCAAACUCGUAUGAUGAUCACACUAUUUCAUUGGUUUCCUUAUGAUUCUCAAUUUUUAAACACAACACAACAGUUCGCCGAACUCGAUGAGAUGAAAGCAACGGCUUUAGGAAAUAUCUCGCCGGCACAAUGGUAUCCAAUAUGGAGUGAAGCAGGAAUUCGAUGGAGUGAGUGCCUUCGAUUAUUAAUGCUUGGCAAUACCACACACAUAGUAGAUCAAUAUCUUGCUCGUCUUGGUGUUCUUUCUAAUAAAACUGCUUCAUUAAAUCAAUAUAUAUCUGAUAGUAUUUCAAUAAUGAUAUCUCAUAUUCGUGCAAUUCGUUACUAUAAGAACAAAUCAUGGCAAGAAUGUCUGAACGAACUGAGCGAUGCUGAUCAACGUGACGCAAAGCUGGUUCCUAAUACAAAUACUCCUUCGUUACUAUUUGCAUAUUCGUCAGAGUUACUUGCAGUUCAUUUGUUACUUCUUCAUGAAAAAUUUCAAAACGGGUUAAUCCCUGGAAACUAUACGUUAAGAAGUAGACAAACAUCAGUGAUGGACUUUGCAACAAAAGCCUUAGCUCUUUAUCAAGAAGCCAAUGCAGUGGCACCCAAUCGAAUUGUUAAUAUCAUUGGUAUGGCUCGAGUUAAUGCUCAAUUGGAUAAAAUUAAUGAAGCUAGACAAUUCUAUCAGUUAUUACUUACUCAAAUGAAUUUAUCCAACAAUACUGAUUCAAUAUUCACUCAAGAAGCGAAUUCAUUUAUUGCUAAAUACCCAAUACAACCUAAUUUCGCAUCGAAACAACAUAGCUAUUUUUCUUCGAUUUUUCUUUUACUAUUUUUCAACCUUUUCAAAAUAGUUAAUCAAUAA